CUCACUCUGAUGUAAAACUUUGAAAAAGUGAUGCACAGUUAUUUAUGUUACAGUAAUGUACCCAGUACAAUGAAAUAAAUCAAGAAAGACCGAUAUGCCAGGCUUGUCAAACAUGGGACGGGUCUUAUUUUGGCCGUAAAAGAGACAGGAGCAGUUCUCAGAAGUCGGAAGCUUGUGUCAGAGAGAGAGAGAGAGAGAGAGACUGGUUCAUUUUGCUUUGGAUCCUUUCCAUGAAAGUUUUCAUUUGAGCCUGUUUAUUGUAGUGGGCAGCCAAAAAAAAGUAAUCUGCUACCCUAUGAUCCUGCACGUGAGCGCGGAGCGAGCCUGCAGAUGGGCGGCAUAGGCGGCAGCUUCUAUAUCAACAUGCUCAAUGGAAGCGACGCGCAAAGUUUGGCCAAAGACGCAGAGACGAGCGGUCACCUUCACCGGAGGAAGGAGCUAGCGGACUUCAAAAUGGGCGUUCAAGACCUGCGGCCACUCUAUACAGAGUCUGUUCCUAACGGCCAGGACAACUUUCCGCCGCCGUACCACGGCGAGCAGAGCGCUGGUGAACUCGGAGCGCAGGCGGGGAGGUUUUACUCCGCGGCAGCAGCAGCAGCAGCGGCUCCGCUCGGUAACUGUGCGUUCAACCGCAGCAGCGCGGCCCAGGCUUACGCAGGGGCUGAUGGGUAUUCGCCGGACAGUAAAGACGGCUACUCGGCCAGCGCGGAAUCAUAUCACUCGCAUUUUCAGCAUGGCUAUCCGCGCGCGCCUCUCUAUUCCUUACCUGGCCUACAGGUGUGCGGCAAGACGCAGGUGCUUCUCAACAACUACCCGCUGUGGGCCAAGUUCCACAAAUACCAAACCGAGAUGAUCAUCACCAAACAGGGCAGGAGGAUGUUCCCGUUUCUCAGUUUUAAUAUCAGUGCUCUGGACCCCUCGGCUCACUAUAAUGUGUACGUGGAUGUGGUUCUGGCUGAUCAGCACCACUGGAGGUACCAGGGAGGCAAGUGGGUGCAGUGUGGAAAAGCAGAGGGAAAUAUGCCAGGAAACAGGAUGUAUAUGCAUCCAGAUUCUCCUAACACAGGGAAUCACUGGAUGAGGCAGGAGGUCUCAUUUGGCAAGCUCAAACUCACCAACAACAAGGGUAGCUCCAACAACAUGGCACAGAUGAUAGUGCUGCAGUCUCUCCACAAAUACCAGCCCCGGUUACAUAUCAUGGAAGUGAAGGAGGACGGAACGGAAGAUCCCUUCCUCAACUGCAAAGCACAAACCUUUAUCUUCCCCGAGACCCAGUUCAUUGCAGUCACUGCCUACCAGAAUGCAGAUAUCACACAGCUGAAAAUAGACCAUAACCCUUUUGCGAAAGGUUUCCGAGACAGUUAUGACACACUGUAUGCCCCACCUGACUCAGAUCGUAUCACCCCCUCCCCCACUGAGGGCCAGCAGCUCGUAGCAGCCACCUGCUAUCCUCGCCAGCCUUACCUGGCCGAGCAGUACAUGGGUCCACUGCAGCACAGCCGCUUCUACAGCUGCGAUCCCACCAUAGCACAGGGGUGCCCCAAAGACCCAAAUGCCAGUCACCAUGGACGCUGGUACCUCCCUGGGCAGCAGGGCGCACCCUCCAAUCUACUGGACUUCAGCUCUUAUGAUGGUGACUAUACACCCAACAGCCUAUACAAGCCCUUUCCAUUACAGACAUCGCCCCACCACCCACUGAGCUACUAUCCUGAGAACCCCUUCACUUCUGGGCCAAUAUCAAGUGCCAGCUCUGCCACAUGGAGCACAAGACCUUCACCGCAGUACCUCGGCCACCCACAUCCUGGGAAAGCCACAUCUAGCCUGAGUUGGUUCCGCCCUAUGUCGUCCCCUGCCUUGUCCUCCUCUCCUCCAGCAGUAAAUUCCCGCCUUCACCCCUCUCCAUCACUGCUUGAGUCCUUGAGGUUGCCAGUACUGCAGGACAAGCCAAAAGAGGUAGUAGAGGAUCCGUGGAUGGAGACCCCCUCCGUCAAAUCAGUAGACUCGGUCGACUCUGGUCUUUUUGAAGGUGCGGAGAGCAAGAAAAGACGAGUGUCACCGUACACUUCAAGCACCGAGAACUCUCCUCCCAUUCGGAGCAGCGAAGCCUGUGAGAAGGACAACAGCAGUGAUGCGGGCUACUACGGCUUCUACAGUCACUGAGAAGCACCGUCUGUGAGUUAGUGUAGCACUCCUGCUGUGCACCACACACAGAGCUGCACUGCCUUCUGGGACAAUGCUCUGUGGGAGUCUAGAGGAGGGACAACCGAGGCCAGUAACAGCUAACACAGUAACUCAAUAAUUUUUCCUUCAUAGCAAGGGUGCUAUUUGCUUUGUAUCCCCACAGUGUUAUUGCUAGCCCUCUCAUGUUUAGUGUGCUGCUUCCCCAUGGUAGCGCUGUUGGGGUAAGGUUAGGUGGAGGCACUGCACUCAUCCUCAAGGUCACUGUCAUGGUGAGGGCUGGCGAGUGAAGACGAUGUGACUGGGCUGAAACACUGGCCUGGAGGUAUAUGUAUGCACACAGAGAGACUUGGAUAAAUUCAGAAACUGUAACUGUUUAGCAUUUAAAGAAGUCUGAACACCUGCUGACACUCCCCUCAAGGACCUGUCCAGUCCUCUAGUUCUCUCUCCCUCACACACAUGCACAUACACACAUGCAAACAUAUUUGUUGUUAGGUCUGAAGAUUUCCUCAAGAGUUUAGCCAUUUACUUUUGAGUAUAUACCUAAGUGGUUUUCAAAUUUUUACUACUGCAAAUGAGCCCAGAGUGUCCAGUAAAAUCAAAUGAUGAAUGAUAAGUGAUUUAAGAGGAUCUCUUUCUGCACAGAGAGGUCAGGGCGUGUUUUACUCAUCCUGUCAGCUGUCUUCCUGUCAACAUGCUGUUUUCUCUGCUUAAAACACACACUAGAUCAUGUGCCAAACAGGAGUUGGCUCUAAUUCAUUCUUGUUCCAUAUCCCUAAGUACCACUGUAUCGGACAUUUAUGAAGUAAAUGUUCCACCAUAAGCUUUGCUGAACUUUGACUUCAUACACAAUGAAUUGAAGUACAAAUCAGGUGGCUAUAGUAUUUAUGUGGUCUACACAAGCACAAACAUGUCAGUCUGAUUAGCAUCAAAAUAGCAUUCUUUACCCAACAUCAGCAAGUCUCACAAAUAGGACGAGAAAGACAGCAUGCAGAUAGACAGGGUGGGAACAUGGACACCUGGAAGGUGCAUUGUGGUGACUGGACAUCAUAAUCAGACAAGAGCCAACACACCACAGACUAAAUGACACAGAGGAAGAGAGAGACCUCACUCUCACCUUAUCAGGGCCUGCAAACCAGCAAAAGGGUGAGAAUGACCUUUGACAGUUAAGUGGGCGACAGCCAUAAGAAUGUUAACACAUUGACUGUGGAGGUAACCGCACGGUACAGGACAUAGUUCACCUUCCACGAUUUAGACGCAUUUCAUGGGUCAUCAGCUGGUGUGAUCAUUUAGUGAACAUCAUAUUACCACAACAACAUAUUUACUGUAAUAUAUAGCGGUCCUGUACAGCCAUGCACGCACGCACGCACACACACACACACACACACACACACACACACACACAGAGGGGCGAUAAGAUUAAUAUUAUUAUUAUUUUUAUAUAUGUCUUGUUUGGAAAAAAUGAAAACUGCAAACAAUUCUGUUAUAAGACUGCACUUACUUAGUAUGUACAUUGCUAAAAAUAGAAAUGCUUACCUUAUGACUCUCUAUGAAUUUGAUGUUUUAUUCUGUCUUAUGUCAGUAUUUUAUAGAGCUUCCCCAAAAACUUGUAUAGUUGGAAUAUCAAAAUGUCAGUAUGUUCUCAAUGACUUUCAAACCAAUGAGUUUGGAUUUGCUCACCUUAAUGUUGGAGAAGUGUAUUUAUUUCAGUGCUAAACCAAAUUACAUACUAGCAAUACAAUGACAAGGACAAUCACAGUGAGAUAUUUCAUAUUACUACUGCUUAGUUAUAAACUUAUUGUUAGAUAUUUCUCAGGUCAAGCAUGUGCCAAUGAGCUCCAUUUGUGUAGGAAAUGGAGAUGUUCAAAUGACAGGGUUUUGUUAAUUCUUUCUUGGUACUAAAUAGUAAGGUGCAACUUCUUGAUAGUUAUGAGCUUAACUGUGAGGUAUUUUCAGUAAACUGUUUAUAAUUUUAAGUGCAAUUUAAAAAAGUGUUCAUAUUAAUUUAAGAGAACUGUAAGUACCUUUUUUAUUCUUGAACAAUUCUUAAAUAUGCAUUUAAGCCUUUGUUUUAUGAACAAAAAGAAUACAGGUGUACAGUAUUAUGACAAGGGUUAGAAUAUGUUUUAGGUGACCCCUAGUGGACUAUAUGUCUAUUCAGACUAUACAGACUAUAACUAUUAUUUAUCAGAUUUAAGAAAUGGUCCACAUUUGCACAGAACUGUAAUAUAGCAUCAAAAUGAGUGGUUGGAAUCAAGUAAUGAAUCAGUUUGGGCUGUGUGGACAUAAGCUCCCACCCAUUAGUCCCCUAUUUACUGUACGUGUUAUAUGCAUACAGCAUCACACAGUUUACCCUUGAAUACAUUUAUAUAAUGAAUUAUAAAAAUGUGAGGACAUUUUCUCCCAAGCUGUCUCUUCGUUAAUUUCUAAUGUUGACUUAAAGCCAAGAUUCACAAAUAACACAAACCCUCCUUCAAAUAAUGCAGACAAAUUGUACAGAUUGCAAUUAUGUAUUUGAUUUGUUCUAACUGUAAUAAAACAUGUAUGUCAUUUUUCAUUA